UUAAUAGAAAAAAAAAUCACCAUGUAGGUUACGUUUAUACUCUGCUUAAUCAAUUUGAUCAGGCUUUGGGAUGCACAUCUAUUUGAAAUAACAAUGAUUAUGGGAUGUUAAAUGUUGGACAACCCCUGUUAUAUACAAAAAUCGGGAGGUAUUGAUUAUGUUAUCUGUACACAAACUGUACAGUGUGGGUGCCAUUAAUAUCACUGACCUACUAGCAGAAAGAAGUAAAUGUUUUCAGUGAAGUAGGUAGGAUUUGGGUCACCUCUAGUGACACUACCCUACAAAUUACAUCAUGAAGAAACAGAAAAUAAUAAAUAUGAAUUGCAACUUUUGUGGGAGAAUCCAGGGUUAAUUUGAUUCAGAUUAGGAAAACAUCAUGGAAGUCAUAGUAGAAAAUGAGCAGUUUACCGUCAACCAUGCCACCAGCAGUACCAGAAGGCAUUUUACUUGGUCUGGGCAAUCCACUUUUAGAUAUCACGAUCACUACGGAUCAAUCUUUUCUAGACAAAUAUGGCUUGUUACCAAACAAUGCUAUAAUAGCCAGCAACCAUCAUCAAGAUAUGUUUCUAGAAAUGAUUCAGAACUUUAAGCCAAUUUACAUCGCUGGAGGUGCCACUCAAAAUAGUGUCCGAGUGGCACAGUGGCUCCUGCAGAAAAGAAAUGCGACAACCUUUUUCGGAGGUGUAGGUGAUGACCUUUUUGCUGAGAUAUUGGAGAGAAAAGCUCAAGAGGUUGGCGUUAAUGUCCGUUACCAGGUACAUGCAGGACAGAAAACUGGCAUUUGUGGUGCCAUCAUUAUUGGUGAAGAUCGGUCUUUGGUGUCGGAACUUGGAGCAGCUGAAUUAUUCACUGUGGAAUAUUUGCUAAGACCAGAAAAUUGGCAUUACGUUGAAAAGGCUAAAUUCUAUUAUAUUGGUGGUUUUCUUCUGCCUGUCAGUCCACAGUCAGUCUUAACAGUUGCCAAACAUGCUGCAGAAAAUAAGAAAUUGGUUGUCAUGAAUUUACAUGCUACUUUUUUAUGUAAACAUUUUGCAGACCCAGCUUUAGAUAUUUUAAAAUAUGUUGAUGUUUUGUUUGGAAAUGGGGAUGAAGCAGCAGAACUAAGUAAAAGAUUAAAGUUCGAAACUGAUGAUAUUAAAGAAAUGGCAAGAAAAACUGCUCAACUACCUAAAAUUAACCCAGGUCAAGAUCGUAUUGUUAUAUUUACUCAGGGGCGAGAUCCAACUAUAAUAGCUCAUUCAGGGAAAAUAGAAGUAUAUCCUGUCACUCCUGUAGAUCAUAGUAUUAUAAAAGAUACAAACGGGUGUGGCGAUAGUUUUGUUGGUGGCUUCUUAUCUCAACUUGUUCAGGGUAAAUCUAUUGAAGAAUGUAUCAGAUGUGGCUCUUAUUCUGCUACAGUUGUUAUUCAACAUUUUGGAUGUACUUACCCAGAAAAACCUGCGUACAAUUAACCCAGAAUAUCAGUAUCAAAAGUUACCCAAGUAGAUUAUUACAAAGUUUUAUGGAAAUUAUAGGAGUAUAAUAUGUAUUAGUUUGUAAAUAUUCAACAUGGUUGUGCUAGGCUUCAUUAUGGUAGUAUUUCUAUAUAAUAAUAUAAUUAUUUCCAGUAAAGCAUGUGUGCAUCCCAAAGCCAAAGUGAUAAUUUGCUAAUAUAUUUUGUAUUAAAGUUAUUUUAAUUUAUCCACAAGUUGUUAGUGAAAAUACGAAAUUCAUAAUAGUCAGGUCAGCUUUAUGUAACAUUUUCUAGUUUUAAAUUUUAUUUACAAAUUAUGAAUUAAGAUUGUGCCAAACUAAGGUUUAAUAACAUACAUUAAUGGCAUGAAAUUUGUACAUUGUUUAGGUUAGCUGAAUAUUUGGAUAAAAAAUUAAAUUGUCGAUAUCAUCUGAUUUUAUCUGUUGAUUUGUGUUGUGGUAAGAAGAUAGGCAUAAAUACUAUUGUUAAAGAAACUUCAUAUUUCAAAAUAAAAAUUCAGUUGUACAGAGCUGUCCCCAUCACUAAUAGAACUAAGACAUUAGAUCAACCCAAUUCGAUGCCAUUUAUUGAUUGUAAAAGUAAAAAAAAACUACAAUACACAUUGGAUAUAUUCAAAAUUUACAGUAUAUAUCAGUUCAAAAUUUCUCAUCGUUGCAGCCCUAUCAUAUGCUGACAAAACAUGAAAUGUAUCUGAAAUUUCAGUAUGAAGUCGUAACACAUAUAACAAAUAUUAAAUUCAUCAUCAUCGACCAUUAAAUGCCUUGUAAAUGAUAUAUUCUAGUUUUGUAUGAUCAUUUUUAACAUCAUGUGAUCUUUGAUGGCAUAUUUUAACAUCUUGAGUAUUUGUUUCUUCUUGUAUGCUUAAUUCCAUUUAUAAAUAUUACAUUAUCAUAAGUAAGAAUGAUUGUUUUUAAAAAAUGACUAUAUGAAUUGCUACACUAUUAAAAUCUAUAAAUAGUAUUAUUUUAAUACCCAUAGUGACGAUAAAUGGCAGUUUUUUUAUACUUAUACUUUAAUGAUUAGAUUUGAAUGAUUAUUCAUGUUCAUUUAGAAUUCUAUUUGAUUUAGAGGUAUUUAUAAUCCAGUUUAAGGCAGGCGUAUAUCGCGUUCACCAUUCAACUCUUAUUGGCAUCUUGAAAGUUUGCCAUGGUUACCUUCCAUGACUCGCUGCAACUUUUUUUGGAACAUAUACUUUUAACAGGCCAACUUCUAGAGGUAAUCCUAUAUAGGAUAUAGGUGCCUGAAGAUUUUGUCAAGUGGCAUGUUUGCAAUAAAAAUUGGAGGGGUUGGAGGUAAAGACAGCAAUAAAGAAUUUUUUCAGUUCUGAGAAAUACAUUUUGUUCAAGUUGAAAUUACAGGUUGAACAUGUAAACAAUAAUAAAUUGUUUUAUACUAACUUUCACCAUUUUGAUCACCUAAUCAUGGAACAAUACCAUAAUGUCAUCUUGUUGAGUUGUUAUAUAGGAGAUAUAAGGAAUUAAGUUGGGUUGAUUAGAUUUACAACUCGACAUACACCCGCCUUUAGAAAUUUCAGAAUUUCUUUUUGCCAUCUUGUUAUUGAAAUAUAUUGAGGAUUUUGAAUACAUGUAGAGGCAAAUAAUUAAAAUAAAAAACAUAGUUUAUUAACACAUACAACUCAAAAGAAUUAAAAAGUAUUCUCAAAAAUAGUGAUUUUUUUAAAAACUUUUUGAAUUGAUUGUUUUGGAUAGUUUGAUUUCUGACCAUGUGUUUGGUACUGUUACUAUUGGAGAGGAGGUGUUAUGUAAAUAGUGUGAACUGAUUCUGAUCUUGUUUAUAAUACAAAUGGUGCCACCUAGAUGUGAUUGGAAUGUUUGAAAUAAAAUUAGUAAUAUUUGAUUUACAAUUAUUAUUGUAGUUUUUAUUUAAAUAUUUUGAUUAGAAUUUAAUGUGUAGGCUUCUGUUGGAACAUUCUUAUUUGCCAUUAUUUAAAUCUAAUUAUAAUCAGUCUUUUAGGAAAUCUGAACUCUGUAUUUUAGGUAAAAGAUUGAAAUGUUUUAUAUUUUUAAGGAAAAAUGAAUCUUCAGCUUUAUGAAUGUGAAUGCAGUAAUGAUAAUAAUGUUGAUAUGAUAAUAGGUGGCACCAUUAUUAUUUUACUAAAGCUGAUAUUAGAUAAUAUACAGCUCUGUAAGGCAGCAGUUGUACAGUUACCUUCUGUUGGCUUAAUUUACUUUUACAGUGGAAUAAUUGAAUCUGAAUGGUAGAAGUAGUAGAAUGGUCUAAAUGCAAGGAGCUAGUUUUACAAUAUUAAUCUUAAAUCCUGACCCACCAAAUAAAAUUUCAAUGACAAAAGUAAUGGGGUUUAUUUUUGACAUAAAGACAGUAUUUAAUUUUCUAUACUUCUUGUGAACAACAAAUUGAAUUGAUCUUAAUAAAUUCUACAUUGCACAUGACAAAAAGGUAAGAUUAAAGAUAUAUUUCCUCAAUAUGACCAUCAGUUGGAAAACUUAACCAAUGCCCCAAGAAUAAGAUGUAUUGGUACCAAAAACAUGUCAUUCCAGAUACCUCAAGGGAAAUGUUUUUGACAGUCAAGGAAUUUAGCUGCUUUAAUAUGUUACACUUGUCAGAUGAUGUAUGCCUUAUUAUGCACCAACUUAAAAAGCGAAGUCAUCAGACUCAGUGGUAGGCGCCUUGUAAUCAUUAACUUAUUUUAAUAUUGUGUACUUAAUAUAGGCAGGUUGAUUCUAUACUCCAUUUCAUUUACGAAUAUCAUCCUUUCAGAUAAAGUAAGUUCAGAGGUUUGAUCAAAUAACCGGGUUAAACUUGAGGGAAUAUAUCUUUAAUAGAAACUAUAUUAAGAAAAGAAGAUUUUAUAAUACAUGAAAAUUGAAUUAGUGAAGCUGGUGUGGUUCAUCUUAAAAAAAAAAAAGUAUUAAUCAAUUCAUAUACUUGUGAAACUGGCUUCUAUUGAAUAAGUAAUUGAUUGAAUGAUGAUUUAUUAGGCUUUCUGUUGAUCAGUUGAAAGAAACGGAAAAGGUGUUGAAAGUAUGAAAUGAGAGUGAUGCUUUAGAAGAUUAAGAAGGUGUUUAUUGUCAGUGAUUUUAUUAUAGCUUAAAUAAUUUUGAAUCUUCAGUCAGUAUCUUCAAAUUAGAAACAUUACUGACAGAUACAUGACACAUUGUAUGAAUAACAGAUUUACUUUUACUCUCUUUUUCUAAAACUUGCAUAUUUUAAGACAGUGGCAUCAUUUUGGACAAAACAUGAAUUAAUAAAUUUAGUUCUUCUCUGAAUUAUGUAUAAAAUACUUCUGCAUUGAAAAGUGGUCUGUCUGAUUUCUGAAUGGAAAAUUAUACUAAUUAUAGAUCUGCUCUUAAUGAUCAGUUCUUAUAACUGAACCACGAGUGUGCAGGUACAUACGUGCAAAAUAUCACCAAUUGAAUUCUGUUAAUAGUUGUGUUGUACUUAAAUUUCUUUUUUGUUCGGAUCAAGAUAUCACCGAGCCCAUUUGGAAAUAAUAAUAGGUCUGUGUAAAGACUUCCAAGUUAUGUCAACAUAAUUUUAAACAAACACAGCUAUUCUGACACAACAAUGAGACUUCACCUUAUCAUGUUAUAUGGAUUUCAAAUAUUAAUUAUUUAAUAAGUAAUCAAAUGACAGUAUAUAAUUAUUUUGAUUUGAAUACUAUACAGAAAAUGUGAUGUUUAAUACCAUAACUAUUCUCAUAAAUUGAAACCAUUAGGAGACUGACAUUAUAUAUUUUCUCAUUAUUCAUAUUAAAUUAAAUUAAAUUAAAUAUCAUAUAACAGUUGUUCAUAAAGAAAUUUAUUUAGCCACAGGCCUGGGAAUAUUGAUUUUACUUAAAAAAAAACCAAAAAAUGGCUGGCACUAUUUUGAUAUCUUGUCAGACAUGAAUUAAAAUCAUAGAAUAAAGAUAAGUCUAUGGUGGAUAAAAUGACAGGCAUCUCAGGAAUAACAUGUGACAAAGCUUGAAUUUGUGCAUGACAUUGUCUGUGACAGGUGCCUUAUUUCCAGGCUUGUUUAUUUAUUUAUAUGCAGGGUGGGACAUAUUAAAAUAACAAUAGAUUUUAUGUAAAAAUAAACAUUAUUAUUAUUUCUUAUUACAUAUAUUAUGUAUAAUACAACUUUAUAUACUCACAUUUGUAUAUAGAUACUCUGGGAUUUUUUGUUCAUUAAUAUCAGAUGUAAUUGCAAUGAAAAAAUGACAUGAAAACUGAAUAAGGAUCAUUGAUAUGAUACAUGAUAGGUCUCUGUGUUUCGUUUUUUUCAAUGAAUUCUUAUUUGAUAAUCUACACAAUCUAAUUAACAUUAAUCAUUAUUUUGUAUCUCGUACAACCGAUUGAAAACAGAACAAAAUAACUGUCUAAUUUUAAUUAGAUUAAUAAUCUACACUUAUUGUAUAAAUCACAUUUUCAACUUGUAUAUUACGCACAAAAUAUAUCCAUCAUAUGUAAAGUAUAAUACGCUGAAAAGUACUGAUGACUGAACAUUCUUGAUAUUAUAAUUAAAGAAAAUACUAAUUUCAAAUAUUGGUUUUUAUAAAUGCAGUAAAAUCAUAAAUUCUGUUUUAAGUUAAAUAACAUUUCCAAUUAGCAGUUGAAAUAUUUUUUAAUGGCACAAAUGAUUAAAAUAAUAAAUGAUUAUUUUUUUGAAAAUUACUUUUCAAUGUUUGAUAGUGGGAAAUGUUUCAAAAUUUGAUUUAUUAAUUUUCAGUUAUUUCUAAUAUUGAAUGAAUGUAUUCUAUCAAGAUGUUUUCAUGUUUAUUGGCUGUUAUCUUUAUAUGUGGUCUCUUGACCUUAGAAUGCUUCAAUGUACUGAUAAAUAUUGUUUAAAUACAAAAUUUCAUCAAUGUUUGAAGUUUUGAGGAUGAAUAAUCCCGGUUGUACAAAGGACUGAUCAUUUUGUAUCACACGAUUGUCUGUUUCAUAUAUAAGACCAUUAAUAUUGCCAUUGUUAUUACCAAUAAUAUCAGACAUCUACAAGAUUAUUACUGUACAUCAGUUUGGAAUAAGGCAUUCAUUUUUGUACUACUAAGGUAUAGCUUGUAUUAUGAAUAUUUUAUCCCUUUUUAAUAUCAAUAUUCAUCAAUUUCUUUCUAUUAUAAUUACCAUCCCUGAUGUAAUAAACACCCCCAUUCCAAUAAGAAAUCAAUAAAGCAACCAUUAUUUUUUUCUCCUAUAUUUGACUAUUAUGUCCUAUGUCAGAUUUCAUCAUAUGAUGUUCAGUUUUAAACUGUCUUAUUGAUAGAGGAAAGUUAACAAUAGUGGCAUAAUUAAUUGAGUUUAUAAUGAAUAUUUUAUCUUAUAUCAUCUAUCAUGUUGUAUAAUAGAACAUAAUAAGGUUGUUUUUAAUAACUUAUGGAGGUCUUAUAUAAACUAGAAAGUUGGAAAAUAUUAGGGAGAAAUACUUAUGUACCAGUACAUAAAUGUGACUUUGAAUGAAAUAUUGUAUGAAACCCAAAUACUGGAAAACAAAUUUAGAAAUCUACAUUCCCAUUCAAAGUCAGUUUGUUUUUCUCAAUAAUUUUCAAUUUUCUAGUAUUAAUGUUGUCCAUAUGGUGUUAGUUUUAAGAGGUAAUUGAUUUUUUGAAUUGAAUAGAAUGGGUUAUGAAAGAUCUUAUGUAUCUUUGAUUUGUUUAAUUACAGCUAUUCCAUGUAUGUGUAAGCUUAUAGUGUUAAUUACUUUGUUUUGUUUUUUCUUCCAACUUAUUAUUUUGUCACCCUAUAUUGUAGUAACUAUUUUGUCAAUUAAUUUUGUGUUCUAAUUAAGUGUAAAUAAUAAAAGAAAUGAAUUAUGUGCCAUACACUCCAGGUAAUUUGUUAUUUUCAUAAUUAUGUUUAUGAUGACAAAAUUACCUGUAGAUAGUAUAUAUUAUAUCUAUUGUUUGGUUUAUAAAGGAUAUAAAUUUUGUUCUCUUGUACAGAACUUUACUUAAUUUAUUGGAUUCCAGUAAGUUUAUAAAACCGUAUAAUUUUAUUAAAUAAAGUCAAUACAUGUCAUUGAAUGUGUUUUCUGUUUCUAAAUAGUUUCAAAGUUUUGUAAUAAUUUUCAUAACUAGGCAGUUUUCUGCAAACAACAUGAAAUAUCCCUGCCUCACUGAUAAGCAUCUCCGCUUUACACAGUUAUUUACAAGUGAAAAAUAAAUAAGGGGUUGGUGGGGGAGUAAUAAUCCUUCUUACUCAAUGAAACCCCGAGUGUUAAGCUAGGGAUUCAAUCAUCCAUAAACUACAUGAUCUGGAAUGUCAAGAUGGGCAGGAGGGCAUAUUACAUGAAACAGGAAAUAAAUGCAAACAGCAGUUGUCUCAAUUUGAUGCUUUCUUUCUAUUUCUAGACAGGCAUAUAGAUAUUAGUUUUUCCAUUAAAAGAAAAAAAAAAUCCCUGACCUAAUGUGAUUUUGCUUGUGUGUUUGUUGUGUAGUUUGAUUCUUUCUAUCAUUAAUGUAAGAUUGUCAUCAUUACAUUAUACACUAUGUGUAUGUUAAUUGUGUGGUUCUCAUUUCUACAAAUUCUAUUUAAAGAAAAA